UUCCUCUGCUCCUCUGCCAUAGGCUUCAGAAGAGACCAGAGAGGGCUCAAACUUUCUCUCCUCUCUCUCUUGGAAGCGUUUUUUUUGGGUUUUAAGAACAAUUCUUCCAAGUUUCAAUUUAGUGGGGUUGAAGAAAGUCGCUUGUGGUGCUUGUUUUGCACUCAUCAAACUUUAAUUUCAAGAGGGGUUUUCGGGUUUUUUUCUCUUUCUGACAAUCUCUGCGCUAAUUCUUCCAAUUCACUCGAUUCCGAAUGUCAUCUACACUUCACGGAUUCAAUUCUCUUCCUCCGUAGCCAUUUCUCUUGUUUAACGAUUUCCUCUCUUGAAUCCACUCGAUUUUAAGAGCGUUCAGUCCAAAUUUUGCGUUGGAAAUGGAGAAUUUCAUCGGAAAACGUAAACCCACCAUCAGCCUUUCGCUAUUCACCGCCUUGUCCGGUUCAUUCUCAUCUGAUAGAACGAAAUCCCCUCGCGAUUUUGAGAAGGGCGUUGUUGGAUUAGGCAUAGUAGCCGCCAUGACCGAUUCGGACAAGGUUCAUGAAGCUUUUGUGUAUUCGAAAGCGGCUUCUCCUAGGUCGUGCUCGAUUCCGAUCGUUUCUUCGGCUAAACCUGCGGCGAAUUUUAGAGGUGGGUUUAACCUAGAAAAGGAAUCUGAGGUCGUUGAUGAACUUUCUGAAAGUUAUACUUGCAUAACUUCACAUUUUGGUAAUCAAAUGUUUGAUAAGCGCGUUUACUUUAAUGGUGAGCUUGAAUUCAUCACUGGCCGCUCUUCGAGUGUGGUGAAAUCUGGGGUUUUUUCCACUUCUCCCAUGAGUUUUGGUGUAGCAGAGAGAGGGUUUUGUGCUGCUGAAUUUUUGAGCUCUUGCUAUCUCUGUUGCAAGCAGCUUCAUGGGCUUGAUAUCUUCAUGUACAGAGGCGAAAAAGCGUUUUGCAGCGUCGAGUGCCGUGACAAACACAUAAGAAGCGACGAUUGCAGGGACAAAUGUGGAGCGGAGGCCAUGAAAGACUACUCGGCAUCAUCGCCUUGCUCGGUGACUGGUCCGCUUGCCUUGGCCUCGGGCGUAGUUGCAGCUUAGUAGGUAAAAGCAAAAAGCACACAGAAACAAAUUAUAAAUAGGUGAUUGAUGGAUGAUAAGCGCAGAGUAUGAAAUAAAGUAGUAGUGGGUAGCAAAGACCUUGUAGAAAAGGCUUACAAAUAAGAUGGUUUGUAUGAUGCAAGUGUUAUAUAAAAUGUAUGAAUUAUGGGUCAUAUAUAAUAUGAUAAUGAUAUGAUGUGAUAAAUUCUAUUAGCUUACAAUACCCAUGAUAUUUGAUAUUC